AUGCAGCUGAAGAAUAAUGUGACCACAUUUAUUCUGCUUGGAUUGACCCAGGAUCCUCUGAAAAAGAAAAUAGUUUUUAGCACAUUUUUGCUUUUCUAUCUGGGGACACUGCUGGGUAACUUUCUGAUUCUUGUUACUAUAAAGACCAGUCGGACACUAGGUAGUCCAAUGUACUUCUUCCUUUUCCAUUUAUCUUUAUCUGAUACCUGUUUCUCUACUUCCAUAGCCCCUAGAAUGAUUGUGGAUGCCCUAAUAAAGAAUGCCACCAUCUCAUUCAAUGAGUGCAUAACCCAAAUCUUUUCAUUCCAUUUCUUUGGCUGCCUUGAGAUCUUCAUACUUAUCCUUAUGGCUGCUGACCGUUAUGUUGCCAUCUGUAAACCCUUACACUACAUGACCAUUAUGAAUCGACGGGUCUGUAAUGUGUUGGUGGCUAUAGCUUGGGUAGGGUCCUGUAUACAUUCUUUAGCUCAGAUUUUUCUGACCUUAAGCUUACCUUUCUGUGGCCCCAAUAUCAUUGAUCACUAUUUCUGUGACUUGCAGCCCUUACUGAAUCUUGCUUGUGCAGAUACUUACAUGGUCAACCUACUGUUGGUAUCCAAUAGUGGUGCUAUUUGUUCUAUAAGCUUUGUCAUGCUGAUGUUUUCCUAUGUUAUCAUCUUGCAUUCUCUGAGAAAUCACAGUGCAGAAGGGAGGAAAAAAGCCCUUUCUACCUGCAUCUCCCACAUCAUUGUGGUCAUCAUGUUCUUUGGGCCUUGCAUAUUUAUUUACACACGCCCUGCAACCACCUUUCCCAUGGAUAAGAUGAUAGCUGUGUUUUAUACACUUGGAACACCUUUGAUCAAUCCUCUAAUUUAUACUCUGCGGAAUGCAGAAGUGAAAAAUGCUAUGAAGAAAUUAUGGACUAGGAAUUUGAUCACAGAUGACAAGAAAUGA